UCUUCCACUCCUGCAUUGCUUUUGUUGAUACUCAAUACAAACCUAUGAUUUUAUGAUCAAUCGUCAAAAAAUGAAAAACAUUACUGCCCUUCUUUUGAUUAUUUCCGUUUUUACUCUGCUCAGCUUUCCGACCAGUACGGAAGCUGAUUACCUGGCUCAACUCUGCCCAAACACCGCCACCUUCACCCCAAACUCCACCUUCCAGUCCAACCUCAACCGCCUCCUCUCCACCCUCUCCUCCAACGCUAACCACUCCACCGGUUUCUACAACGCCACAGUCCAAACCACAAACAACGCCGUGUACGGCCUUUUCCUCUGCCGCGGCGACGUCGUGGGCACCGACGCUUGCGAAACCUGUGUCGCCACCGCAAUCCCCGAGGCCCCAAAACGCUGCUCCUUAAAAAAACAGGUGGUGAUCUGGUACGACGACUGCAUGCUACGCUAUUCCAACGAGUUAUUCUUCUCCACCGCCCCUGAGUUGACCCCCCUGUACAUGUGGGACAUGGAUAACGCCACCGACCAGACUCGGUUCAACCAGGUGGUGGAGGCGAGUAUGAACGAGGUGGCUACAAAGGCUGCCUACGACGCCGACAAGUUCGCUACAAAAGAAGAGAACGUCAGUGAUCUGAUUCCCCUGUACAGCCUUGGACAGUGCACACAGGACCUGUCUGAUGAAUAUCGUCUUUGCUGAUGAAUAAUCAAGCUCUCUUACUUCAAUACCUGCUGCAAUGGCAGCAUGGUUUAUAUACAAGUUUACAAGCAUGCAAUAAACAAUAAUACUGUCCUUAACCCUUGCUGUACUGACAGCAUGGUUUAUAUACAAGUUUAAUACACGCAUGCAAUAAAUAAUACAGGUGGCAGAAACCAU